CUCCUCACCUGGGGGUGGCACCGUUCGACAACAUUCCCCGUUUCCCCUUCCGUUUCCGGUGCACUAUCCGGUACGGACCACGUGGAGGCCAGUGAUAUAUAUAAAUAUAUACACCUAGGAGAGGACAUUCCCCACCACACAACUACCAAGCUGCGCAGCUUCUCAAACAUCAACUUUGUGGCAGCCGGGCAGUACGCAAAACGCGACCGUGUAAAUGCUUGGAGGUAUGUUUUUGAACAUAAGCGUAACCAAGGCACAGGAAUUGUAAUAGAUCGGAAAAAUAUGAACACUCUUAGGAUGCUGAUGCUGCAAUAUAGCAAACACGGCGAAUGCAUACUCCAGGAAAUCGGUGCAGCAUUCCGGGGCGAGCAUGCAACAGACCUUCUGCUGAUCUGCGAUGGCAAAGAGACAGUCCGUGCACACAAGCUGGUACUGGCCGCGGCCAGUCCACUAAUCAGAAUGAUCCUGGAGGACACACCCAUCCUGGAUGGCAUCACCACGGUAUACUUUCCGGACGUUCAGGUGUGCUACUUCCGGCUACUGCUGGACUUUCUGUACUCCGGACAGGUAUACGUGCGAUCCGUGGAGGAGUACCAUCACCUGCAGGAUCUGCUAGCGCUGCUACAAAUUAAGGCCAGCAUAUGGAAGAACGGCGAGGAGUCCAACGACAGUGAAUCCCACAAGUCGGAACCACAAGUGGACAUCAACCGAAAUGAGGGCAUUGCAUCGAGCCAUCACCCGCGGCGGAGAUCCAAGAGCCAAGAGUCGUACGUCGCCGAUCCAGCGAGUCAGAAGGUCAGUGUCAAAAGUGAGCGAAAUUCCGGAAGUAGUGAGGAAGGUGAUCGCGAAGAAGGCGAAUACAUGGACGAGGUGGACGAAGCGAUCAUCAAAAGCAACAACAACCUGCAGCACCAUCAGAUCAGUCGACACGACGGGGACGACGACGCCGGCGGUGGGAGCGGGAACGACGGAAGUGAAGGCGGCUGCGGUGGCGAUCGAGGUCGGUCCGGGUCGGUGGCCGGCGAAAGUACAGAUCGGCCAACGCCCACGAAUCUGAGCGGGAGCAUCGGCGGUGGACGGCGAAGUGGGAGUGGUGAACGGGAUCCGGAGGAGGACGAGGACUACGAGCUGGAUGUGGAGGAUCGCGAAGGGGAGGAAGGCGACAGCACGGAAGGCGGUCGGGAACGGUGUGGCGGUGAAGCGAUUGGAAAUAGGAGGCGAAGUUCGUCGGAUCCGGUGAACUUGUCGAUUGUGAAAACACAGGAUGCCGACUCGGACGAUGCGAACAUCGACGUGGAAACGAUAGGAAAUGCACCCGCCAAGAAUCUACUACCCCGGUACCUGGACCCGUUCCGCAGCAAACGGAAAGCGUACUUCAUCCAUACGGAUCCGGAACAGUGCAAGCCGCUCGAGCACGAGCUGCUCCACAACUCGCCGGACAACCUGAUGGUGACGCCGCACCGGAAGCGUCGGCCCGGUUUCCACAACUCCCCUGCCCAGAAUCCGCCCUUCGUUCCGAGCUACCUGAGCCCGGAUGACCUGAGGACGCGAAAGUGCUUCCUGUCCGCUCCAACGUACCUGCCUGAUAUGCGACCGGGUUCACCGAACUCUGGCCGGCCCACCGACAUUGCUCUGGCGAACAACCACAAUAACAACAACAACCGGAUACGACCACCCAGUGCGGACAACAAGCUGGCGGUCGCCCCCUUCGUGUACCCAUGGCCGACGGCUGCCCUGGCUGGUCUUCCAGGUGGCCCCGGCGAACUGCUCGGCAUUCCGUACGUCCACGGUGGUCCAAAUGCGGAAACCAGUCCGGCAGAACUGAUCCAGCAGAUGAAAAACUUCGAGAACAGCCAAGCCGAACUGAAUGCCCGCUCCGGAAGUAGUGGCAACAGCGGAGGCAAUGGUCCCGGAUCGGGAAAUGCAGGAGGCGGAGGUGGAGGCAGCAUGGGCGGCAACACUGCCGUCCGGGAGUACCGCUGCGAGUACUGUGGUAAGACAUUCGGUAUGAGUUGGAACCUGAAGACGCAUCUGCGGGUGCAUACCGGCGAGAAACCAUUCGCCUGCCGGUUAUGCGUGGCGAUGUUCAAACAGAAGGCUCACCUGCUGAAGCAUCUCUGUUCGGUGCAUCGGAACAUCAUCAACGCGCCGGAAGCGGGCGGCCGGUAUACCUGCUGCUUCUGUACGCUGUACUUCGAGACGCUACAGGAGCUGGUGCGACAUCUGUCCGGGCAUCAUAACAAUCUACUACUGAGCAAGAACCUCCACGAAUGAUACCAGCUCCUGGAGGAUCUGGACCGAUACUACUACUACUACUACUACUACUGCUGCUACCGGCUGGAAAUGUACACCACCCGUUUGUAAGAUAGACGUUUAAAUUUUUGAAUUGACAUUGUGAUAACAAAGCAACAAAGAAA